AUGGAGAAAUUUCAUGCCACCGUGAACAAGUACAAUGUCGCCCACAGACUGCAGAAACGCUCACUGCUCAUCGCCAUCAAUGCCGUGGCAGGCCUGUCUAUCUUCUUCUUUGGAUAUGACCAGGGUGUGAUGGGAGGUGUCAACACCACACGAAACUAUGCCGAACUCAUGGGCUUUGGCCAUUGGGAUGCCGAAGCAGGUCUGGUCAAGGUCGACAAGAGUCUCUUGCAGGGAGGAAUUGUUUGCGUUUAUUAUCUUCCGGGUACGCUAUUUGGGGCCUUCUUGGGUGGCUGGUUAGGCGACAGAUUUGGCCGUAUCACGACCAUCCGUAUUGCCUCAGCGUGGGCGAUCGUCGGUGCGACCCUCCAAUGCUCCGCACAAAGUGCAAAUUGGAUGUUCUGCGCUCGUGUGCUGAACGGCAUCGGGACGGGCAUCUUGAAUGCCAUCACCCCGGUCUGGGCUACCGAGACGGCGGCUUACACUUCGCGCGGCCAAUUCGUAUCGGUCGAGUUCACCUUGAACAUUCUCGGUGUGGUCGUGGCGUACUGGAUCGAGUACGGCACCUCGCAUUACGGAGACGGAACUUCUCCGUUCAUCUGGCGUUUCCCGAUCGCGUUCCAGAUCGUCCCAUUGAUCGGCCUGCUUACCGUCGUUUGGUUCAUGCCAGAAUCACCGCGCUGGCUUGUCAAGAUGGGUCGAGAGAAAGAAGCGCGAUACAUUCUCGGUCGCCUCCGUGGUGAUGAUGAAGGUGAAGACCGGGAACAAGCUGAAGCCGAGUUCCAAGACAUUCGCAACGUCAGCGCCCUGGAAGUGGAGACUUCGAAACAGAACAGCUAUUUCAGCAUGUUCUUCGGCAUCGACUCCGGCAAACUGCACACUGCUCGUCGCGUGCAACUUGUAGUUUGGCUCCAGGUCAUUCAAGAAUGGGUGGGUAUUGCCGGUAUCACGAUCUACGGGCCCGAAAUCUUCACCAUCGCGGGCAUCAAAGCAAAAGAUCGGCUAUGGGUCAGCGGCCUCAACGAUAUCACGUACAUGUUUGCAACACUUAUCUGCGUCUUUACCCUUGACCGCAUAGGCCGACGAUGGACGUUAUAUUGGGGCGCCGUUGGUCAAGGAAUCUGCUGCUUUGCCGCUGGAGGGCUUGCGCGAGCCACCACCAACGCAUCCGAUGGACAUACCAAGACCAGUCUCGGCGCUGGAGCGACGUUCUUUGUGUUCCUGUACACGGCCAUCUUCGGUGCGACGUGGCUAACUGUCCCUUGGCUGUAUCCCGCAGAAAUCUUUCCUCUUCAAAUCAGAGCUCGCGGGAACGCCUGGGGAGUUGUGGGCUGGUCGAUAGGCAACGGCUGGUGUGUCUUACUUCUCCCAACGAUCUUCAAACGUCUCAACGAGAAGACGCUGUACAUCUUCGGCGCCGUCAAUGCGCUGAGCAUCAUCGUCGUCUGGGCGCUAUACCCGGAGACCAACCAACGCACCCUCGAGGAGAUGGACCUGGUCUUCGCGUGCGACAGCAUUUGGAACUGGGAAGCCGAGAAGAAUUUCGCCCUCCUCAAGGAGGAGCAUCCGGAGCUGGUUCAAGCUGCGAAAAGGGGAAAUAGUGUCGUUGCCAUUGACCAAGAAACAGGAGCUCCACGCUCCCGAAGGACGAGUAUGGCGAGUACAGCAAAGGGAAGUGCCAGUCUUGCCGCAGUGCGUAGGCCUAGCAAUACCGGAAGAACAUCGAGUGUGGUUGACAAGGAUGUGAUGGAGCAGAAGUGA